GACACGCGUCAUUCGCCAACCUCUUUCUCGGGUCGGAGGCGUGAACUGAGCCGGGAAUAUCCAGAACCCGUUCCAGCAUCUGUUCAACGUAACAAAAAAAAUCCAUCGCUUGUACGGCAGAUCAGAAAGCACCAACGGCGUGGAAGCGACACAGAGAUCAGGACUUUACUCAUUCUAGUCAGUAGGUGUUCCCAAGGACUGAGAUCCCACAGGAGGUGUCUAACAUCAGCUGGUCUGACUGCCACAGAUCGCAGGACAACUUUAAUCAAGAAGCUUGGCAAAUAUCAAGGUCCAGCAGCGAGUUCCCUGCGAUGUCUUUGCCACGGACCCUUGGUGAGCUCCAGCUGUACCGUGUCCUGCAGAAGGCCCAUCUGCUGCCCUAUUAUAAUUCCUUUAUCCAACAGGGAGGGGAUGAUGUGCAGCAGCUCACUGAGGCGGGAGAGGAAGAGUUCCUGGAAAUCAUGGCCCUGGUUGGCAUGGCGACGAAGCCUCUCCAUGUGCGAAGGCUCCAGAAGGCCUUGCAGGAGUGGGUAGUGAACCCAGUGGUUUUCAACCAGCCUCUGGCCUCUGUUCCACUCAGUAGCUUCUCUGCGUCAAAACUGAUAAAUUCAUCUUCACGGGAGUCAAAGAAGAGACCGGUCAGCAGCAGCAGCACAGGCGCUGCUCCUGCAAAGCAAGUCAAACAUCGGCUGAGUUUCAUCAAUGCGUCAGCAAGGAGCAUCAGCCCCAACCCGCCGUCCGAUGGGAGGGAAACGUUUUCUGGCCAAGAGUGCCAACCGCCAGAGCCUGACAGCAGCCUCCCAGGGGACGACCCCACAUGUCCCCGAGACAGCCCCACCCAACUGGACCUUGCCACAGCGCAGACCAUUGCAGAGAGCGUCCAGCACAUAAUGAACGCCUUCCCCAAAAGUUACCCCGCGGAAAUUUUGAAACUGAACAAAAGGUUGGCAAAAUCCGUCGGUCCCAUCUUCCAGGAGGAGGAUAUCGGGAAGUCCAGCGGGCGAUUCGAGUGGAAGCGCGGGAACGCCGGGCAGCUGUCAAAACACAAGUUGACCAACAAUGAGGCGGCUGCUCCGUUUUGCAUGGUGGACAGCAACUUACUGAUUGGGAGAGUCGAUUUCCUUUCACUGGCUGGACUGGUGGCUCAGAGGCAAGCACGAUUAAACUCAGAUGAAGUCAAUGGUCCCACUGUGAAGAAUAGGAAACUUGAGAACCACUUAGAAUCUGGCUUGAGGCCAAUGUUGAUACAGAGUCGAACAGAAUGCAUCAAACACCAAGGCAAAGCUUCAGCAGGGCCCAGAGGCAUCAAAGAGGAGGAUACUGGAAGCCAAUCCAGGGAUAUCCUCUCUGGACAAAUGGAGGAAGCAGAGAGUGGGACAUAUCUGAAAACUGUCAUUCAGCCUCUACAAUAUCAAGAAUAAUAAUAUCAAGAACGUACUGAACACAGUGAAAAAGAGAGCAGGAGGACAGUGAAAUAACUAAACCAAAGGAUGUAAUGAAACCAUAAAGUUAAAGGCUGAAGUAAAUGGAUUUGAAUAUGAUUACAUCAGGAUUUAAUGCUCACCAUUUUCCCAGAUCUCUCAGGGGCCUACACCAUCUAGCAAGUUUGAAGUUAACUCCUCCACUUAAAUGUGUUUUUCGUCUAAUUCUACUUUUGGAAAAUGACAACUGCGGCCUGUGUUGACGCUGCACUGUGGAAUGACAGGUAACUCAGAUCAGGUUCUUCUGCAAAUGGGAUCUGGGUCAUCCUACAAGAAUCCUGCUCCAUUCCAAGUUCACAUUUAUCCACUGCUGUUCUUGUGCAAAGACAUUUGAGAUAUUACUGCAUCUUCCACAUCGACAAGCCAGGUCUUUAUAUUGUCAACUUUUACAGAGUUUCCCUCUGCUAAUGGCUAGCUGAAAGUGAUUGGAAGGAGAGAGAGUUGGUUCUGGAUUUUCAGUCAGACUGAGGCUAGUAAUAGGGUACUGGAACACCUGACAGAGAUAAUGUUGCAAGUCUGUAUGAUUCACUUCACACUUUGCAGAAUGUUUGCUAAGUACUUUGAGGGGGAUUUGAACCUGAAAUGUUGACUGCUGCUUUCCUCCAGAUGCUGUGUGGCUUGCUGUGCUCUUCCAGCCUCCUGUUUGCCCACCUUGGAUUCCAGCAUCUGCAGUUUUUAUGCCUCCCACCUUUGAUGGUUGUUUUUGUACAACUCACUGUGAGCUAUCACGUCCUGUACCUGUCACAACCUCUACUUUAUCCUGGCUUACGUUCCUUUUCUAAUUGUGGGGGAAUCUGUACUUUAUUAAAAUUCAUAAUCACGUUUGCUGAGAGACAAGUGUGACAUUGAUAUUACACUGCAAGUGAUUCCUUACUGUGUUUCUGUUAGGAGGAGAGAUUCUGACUGUCAGUGGCAAAUGAUAAAUAACUGAGCAUGCUCAACUGCAACUGUCUAUUCCUGCAGAGGAGGGGUGGAGGAAUGGUGAUUUGUUGGGAGUGUGCAGGUGAAGAGGUUUGAACAGACUAGCAGGAUAAAAUUAUGUUGCUGGAUUAGCUGGGAGCCUGGCUUGUGGACUUGGUGCUUGAGUUACACUUGAUUAACUGAUGCCUUGGCCUGCAUGGGGAAGUUGAAAGCUCAGCUUGGCCACAUUUAGGUCAAAUGGUAGCAGGUGCUAUACAUUUGCUACCACUAGGAUAUUCUAACUCCUAGGUGACAGGAAAGUAUUGAGAAAGUCUGUGCUGCCGAACACACUGGGACAACCAGUGUGCUGCUACAUCCAGUUGAAAUAGUAUUUUGCAAAAGUAUUUUCUUGCAGGAGAAAGAAGCAUGAGUAUCUAAAUAUAUGUCAACAGAAAGGAGUUUUGUAGACAUAUUUUUAUGAAGUCCAUGCACUCCUAAAGCAAGCUACAACAUUGGACAUCCUGAUUCAUACCUGCAAAGAGGCAAGCCAGAUUUUACACUGAGCUACUGCCGUUUUUCAAAACAGUAUUAUUGUUUCUAGUUUGGAACAAGGGAUCAGGAGUCUGCAUAAGGAUCACUGGGUUUAACUCAGUGUCUGGUUGCACAUACAACACGGAGAGCACCAAAAUCCCAUCUCCUUCCUGCUGCUAGACUGUAGGUCCCAGUACGAAGAUCAACUAUAAUCAACAAUAAAUGGAUGCAACGAACUGCACCAUGCACAGAAACAUCAUCUUGUGGUGAAACACUCUGAUCUCCACUCUCACUGAGUCACUGCUGCAGUCAGGUAUGGCAGGAGGGGCAAAGCAGAGAGUUGGCUGUAUGUGGAGAGAGAUUGCAGUCUGUAGAACUGGUUCAUGAUGUUAACUUUAUACCUUGUUCUUGCUUCUUAAAAUGCAUUGUUUCAUUGUAGGUAUGAAUUGAUUUAUUUUUGUAACACAAUGUUAAAUAUAAAAGAGAGAAACAUUAUUUUGGAUGUUCUAAUUUGUUCACAAUCUUACUUUUCCAUGUAAUUUGUUUGCUCUGCUUGUGGUUAAAAGUUUUGAUAAUAGUGAGUUGUGACUAAGGCUGGCCAACACAGACCAGCCAGCUGUCGCCAAAGCAGGCAUGAAAAUUAAGGACACAUUUAAAGCUGUUUGCCCUCUGUAGUACAGCUUUUCAUUCUAUUUGACUGUUUGGUAGAGAAGGAAAGGAUGAAGGUUCAUGCUUGCAAUUCCCUACACAAUGAGAUUUCCACUGAAGCUUUGCAAUAGAGUGAAUCAACAAAGAGCAGGCUAGGACAGGAUGCCAAUAAAGGUGUUUGACAGGUAUUUAAUCUUCCUGACUGGAGGUAGAGCAAUUAAUGGUGCCAACUGAAAAAGUACAGCAUUGAGAUGAGGAAACAAAGAUAAGCUAGUUGUCUCCUCAAUCAACACCAGUACAGGCAUUUAAAAAUAAAUCAAAAUGACUUGCAUUUCUUUAGGACCUUUCAGAACCUCAGGAUGUCCCAAUGUGCUUUAUAGACAUUGAGGAACACAAGAAAUAGAAGCAGGAGUAGCCCAUAUGUUCCUUGAGCCUGCUUCAUUUGAUACAAUAAUGGCUAAUCAUCACCCCUAACUCCACUUUCCCUGCAGUAGCCAUCGCCGUCUGGGAGGGGAAAAUCCAAAGGUUCACCCCCCCCUUGAAAUUCUCUAUUAUUAUUAUUAUUAUUAUUAUUGCUGUGUAGUCACUAUAGCAACAUAAGAAAUGCUACUGAUUUGCAUAAAUGACCAGAUUAUUUUUAGCAAUGUCAGUUCAGACAUAAAUAUCAGCCAAACUGUCAAUAACUAUAGCUAAAGAAAAACAUGAUCUCUUUGACAGAAUUUAGCUUAAUGUCCAAAUGUUGAAUUUGCUUUGGAAUUUAAAGGGUCAUUUGCUGUAUAACCUGGACCGCUAUACCUGCAACCCCUGCACUGAAGGAUCUUUGUUAUCUAUCUGCUAGUCUACAUAAGGUGUAAGUCUCUGUAUGUGUCUGGAAGAUUAAUUUUAUAGCAUGUACACUAUUUGCACAUAAAAGAAAUAUUGUGCAUAUUUUAGAAUUUAUUUCUGGUUGUCUCCUUGUGCAAUUCCAUUUAAAAAAAACUCACUGUUACCUGAGAU